AGAGUCACUGGAUCUUUUUGAUUUUAUAUGCAGCAUGUCCAAAAAUAGAAUCUCAUGACAGCGAUAAGAAUAUGGUUACGGGUGACAAUCUCGAGCUAAAAUGUAAAGUUUCUGGCUACCCUACACCUAUUGUAUCUUGGUUCAAAGAUGAGAAAGAGAUUGAAACUACCAUUAGGAUAAAUAUACUUGAAUAUGAGGGUGCAAUGGGCAAGUUGCUGAUUACUUCUCUUGAGGAUGAAGAUGAAGGUAUCUAUAAAUGUCUUGCUAAAAAUGAAGUGGUACCUUUCAAUGCAGAUGCAAAGAUGACAGUUAGAGUGGACGGUAAAAGUAGUGGUAACAGAGUUGAUGUUGGAGCCAUAGUCGGGCAUAUGUUUGCUGCAUUAGCCUGUGUCGCUCUCAUCGUAUGAUUAUUACCUUGUUUUUUGUCUACAUUGAAAAAAGGAAAACUGAAGUCAAUAAAAGUAUGAGAUACUCGGACAGGGAACAGUUGCACCUCACAUUUUAAUCUCCUACGCAGUGAUAUUAUCACCUUAUCAGUACAGUUAUCUAUGCGACCACAAACAUAUUAUAACAAUAUUUUGUUAAAAAUAUUCUUCAGCUUCUGAUUUUUUAUUUAUUAUUUUGUAUACUUUGGAUUAUUGUUUCCAUAAUGUAGGUACGAAACGUGAAAAAAAUUAGAUAAAAAUGACUUUGGAUUUUCUAUGUAUCGGUCGCUAUUUACAUUUUAAUUUUAAUGAUACGUCAUGUGACUUUCAUCAUCAUAUCACGUCUGUGAAAGCAGUGAUUACAAUGUGCAAAGGGAGGCAAUCACUGUGAGAAGUUGUUUGUCAUAGAUGUAAAACAUGGCCAAAAACAUUUGUUUACAUAAGUGACAACUGUCUAGGACGUCUAAGAUUUUUACUUUACAUACUUAAACAACCUAUAUCUUACCUAUGAUUUGUUCAUAUUAAAUUGUAAGGUUCUGACAAGAAAAUAAUAUGUAAAUGCAUCUAUUUUUGUUUUCAGGCAUUCAAAUCAUCUUUAUAGAGUGAUAAGAUUAUAGUUUUAAUAGACCUGACUGUGCAUUAUUUUACUUUAAAUUAAUAAACAUCUUAAGUCUUAAUAUACGAAAAAGAAAUUGUUUAAGGACUUUUUAUUUUGAUGUUUGCAUAAUAUACAUGCUUUUUGUGACGGUUAGUUAAUUUGGUUAACAACCUUCUUUGUCCAAUUUUUGACAUAUUACAAAUAAGGUUUAUAUUUAUUAUGCUUUAAACAUGUAUUUUGCUGAAUAAUAUGCAUGCAUUAUAACCAAAAACUUUUUCUAUUUAUUCAUUUACAUAUUAAUUAAUUGAUUAAUUAGUUAUUUUUAUUUUCUUAUUUUUUUUUGUUGUUGCUUUCCUCGUGAAACAUUUUCAGGUGUCAUUAUUUUAUUAUAGAAUGUGUAUGUCGGUGUUUAAGAUAAUUCAAAAUCAUUUUACACUCAUGUAACUUAUAUUACGGUUUAUUUGUGCUUCAAUAGAGCAAUACAAUAAGUUCGCUCUGAACCAAAUAAUUUAAAAAGAUUUCCAGCAUUUAAUAAAUGUUAUAAUGUUACAAUAAUAAUAGAAUUUUUAGCAUAAAUUGCAGGAUUUUAAAACUUGCUUGUUGUAUUUACCUUUUGAUUUACGGGAAUAUCAACUGCAGUUUAUAAACAUUCAAUCAAAUGUUUUGUACAGAUAUACAACAAGCCUUUUAAGGGUCUCCAAUUAGGUCAAUAGUCUUAAAAUAUAACAUUAGAAACUCUGGUAUAGGUAAACUGGUGUAACGUCAACGGAAGAAUUUGGAAUAAAGUCAAGAAAUUUGUUUUAUCAUGUAGAAUUUAAAUCGUUUUAAAGUUUAAUGUUUAUUCUUCUACUUAGAGCAAAAACCAUUUAUUAAUAAACUCUUCAUAUUUUGUCAUUUUCACAAUAAAUAAUUGCUAUGCAGAAAGAGAAAACAUCAUAUGAAAUCUUGCAUGAAAGUAAUAGGGUUAUGUCUGCAUGAAAUCGUAUACAAAUCUCGAAAAAAAUAUUUUCAGGUACUUAAUGUAAACAAACCUCUAUUGAGUCCCUUUUAGUGCAUUGCGUUUGAUUGUAUAAUUAUGAUUGAAGAGAGAUUUGUCAUUCUGUACAAGAAUUUUGUGAGAAAUAUUUCUAGUGUAUUAAUUUAGAUGUUCAUAUCAAUAAAACUAAUCAGAAUAAA